UUUAUAUUUUUUAGAAUUAUAAUUAAAAAAUGUUUCAUUUUCUAGUUUAAAUAUAUUCCCUAGAAUCAGAUAAAUAUCUUGUCCACGUAUCUGUUAGAAUAUAUAGGUUAGAAUUAUGUAGAUCGUUUUCAAAGAAAUCAAUGCAGAGAGCCAAACGUGUUAUUAAACGUAUGAAUAUUGUAUAUUUACAAUAAAUUUAUAAAUAAUUUUAAAAUAUAAUUAGGGAAAGAAAAUGUUAAUUCUAAAAUAUUUAAUAUUUAUAACAAGUGGUACAUUACUAUUUUUAUUCAGAAGUUAUAUUAACUUAGCCUAUUUUUGGGAUGUGUUUGGACAGUUGUUUUCAUUUAACGCCUUUAAAUCGAAUUAUGAUUAUAUAGUUGUUGGAGCUGGAACUUCUGGUGCAGUUAUUGCUGCAAGAUUAGCAGAGAAUGGACAAAGUGUAUUAUUAGUAGAAGCUGGUGGUACAGCACCACCGUUUUUAGAUAUACCGUUAUUGUCACCAUUAUUACAAAAUAGUAUAUAUGAUUGGCAAUAUAUUACUGUACCUCAGCAUAAUGCUUGUAAAGCUUUGAAAAACAAUCAAUGUAAAUGGCCAAUGGGAAAGAUUCUUGGUGGAACGAGCAGAUUAAAUUAUAUGACAUAUGUACGUGGACAUCCUCAAGAUUAUGCCAAGUGGUUCCCUGAUUUUAAUGAUUAUAUAAUUGGAAAAAAUGAUUCAGUAAAAAUACAAGAAUCAAGAUGGCAUACUGAUCUUGUUAAUGCAAUAUUAAAGAGUAUAGUGGAAAUCGAUGGUAAAAUUAGUAACAUAAAUGAAGCUUUAGAUACAGGUUUCAUGAAGGUUCAAUUAUUUGCUGAUAAUGGAAAAAGAUGGAGUACAGAUAACAUGUUAUAUGGAAAAUAUCAACAUACUUUGGACAUUAUUACUCAUACACGAGUUGAUAAAGUUUUAAUAAAUUCAAAAAAGGCAACAGGAAUACAAUUUACAAAAUUUGGUAAAACUUUCAAUAUCACAGCAAACAAUGGUGUCAUCGUUAGUGCUGGUGUGAUUGGUAGUCCAAAAUUACUGAUGCUUUCUGGAAUAGGCCCGGAAAAACAUUUAAAGGAUAUGAAUAUCAAAGUGAUUAAUGACUUGCCAGUAGGUCAAAAUUUAAUGGAUCAUGUUCUUACUGGUAUUGAUUUAGUAAGACUCAAGACGAAUUUAUCUUUCAGUAUGACUAACGCUCUUAAUCCUAUGGCACUAUUAAAUUAUUUCUUUUUUGGUAAAGGACCAUGGACAUCCUCAGGUAUUGAAGUUUUAGGAACGUUUCAUAGUACUUUACAAAAGAAUAAAUCCUCAAAACCAGAUUUACAAUUAAUGAUACUACCUCUUGGUAUAUCUACUGACUAUGGCAUAGUUCUCAAAAAAGCAAUGGGAAUUUCUGACGAGGUGUAUGAUAAAUAUUUCUCACCUUUAGAGAAUGAUAAUGUUAUAACAAUUGCACCUGUUUUGUUACAUCCAAAAAGUUUAGGAGAAGUAAAACUUCGUAGUAACGAUCCUUCCGAUGAACUUUUAAUUGAUCCAAAAUAUCUGUCUAAUAAAUACGACAUUGAUACGCUUAUAGAUGGUAUACAAUAUUUGAAGAAACUCAUUAACACAAAUGCCAUGAAACAGCUAGGUGCAUCUCUUUACAAAAAAUCUUUUCCAGGCUGUGAGGCUAAUGAAUUUGAUUCCUUAGAAUAUUGGGAAUGCUAUAUACGGUAUUUAUCAUUAACUGCUUAUCAUCCUGCAGGUACAUGUCGUAUGGGAGAUGUUGUUGAUACAUCAUUCAGGGUAUAUAAUAUAAGAAAUUUAUAUGUUGUGGAUGCAUCAGUACUGCCAUCUCUACCUAGCGGCAAUAUAAAUGCUGCUCUCAUAAUGAUGGCAAAAAAGGCUGUUGAUAUUUUGAAACAGAUAAAAAAUAAACAAUUGCAUAAUUUCGGACAUAAUAAUAAUAAUACAUCUCUGCUAUGUUAUACAUUUAAUAUUUGCAAUAGAUUUUGUUAUCCAUAAUAAUUUGAAUGUUUUCAAUCAAUGUCAUUAUUUUUAUCUGUAAUAUAUUUCUUGUUUUUAAAAAUAAGAAAAAUAUCUUUAAAAUUAAAGUUGCAGGUUAUUGAGAAAAACGUAAUAACAUAAAAAUAAUUACAUUUUUGCCAUAAGAGUUUUUGUUAUUCUUAAUAACAAAAAUGAUGUUUAAGAUAUAUUCUACAGGAUUUAUGAUCUUUAUGGUGAUCAUGUUUAUUACUUUCAUGAUCACGAUGAUAAGGAUGAUAACUUCUAGAAUGUCUAUCAUCACGAUGAGUAUCAAUUUUGCCAGUAUAUACAACUGUAUUUUGUACUACAUUCGUAGGAAGCAUAUCUGAACCUAUAUUUGGCACAAAGUUUCCUAUAAACGUUUGCUGACCCAAAUGAAGUAGAUGAUUCAAAUUAUAAAUGUGUUCCUGUUUUUGUUUUUCUACUUGCGGUAACUCUAUGUUAUUUCUUGUUUUCAUAUUAAUGGUCCGAUUAAAUAAUUUUGUUCCAUUAAAAAGGUCUAAAGCAUAUGAUACAGAACUUACAUGUUUAUACGUUAUAAAUCCGUAAGUUCUUUGCUUUCCAUCACGAUCUCUAGGAAUGGCAACUCUUUGUAUUGGACCACCCUAUGACAAUAAAUAAAUUACAGAUUUAUAUUACAUAUAUGUAUAUUAUAUAAAUAAGUCUGUACUAUAUCUUUUCUAGUACUCUUGUUAUUUAUACAAGUAAAACAAGAAUUAACCUGUAAAAAUAACUCGUAAAGAAUACUUUCUGUGACUUUGUCACUUAAAUUUCCACACCACAAUGUACGUAUAUCGUCAUCCAUUUUGCUAUAUUUUCAUCGUUUUAUUCGCUUAAUCAUUAAGACUGUAUUCUAUAUAUUUACAUAUUUAUAGAAGCUUCCUAAAAUCCAUGGUAAAUGUUUAUUCUUGAAAAUGUUAUUGGAUACUGUAACGUAAUUAAUUUUGACAAAAAAAAAUAGAAAAUUAAUAUAAUUCUUCAUUAAAUCACAAUAUUCCACAAAAAAAUUAUUAUUUAGAAAUAUUAUUUAUACUUGUAGACUUUUAUACAGAUGGUACAUACAUAAAACGAUAGUAUGCGGCGUAUCGAUACAUUAUUCAUUCACAAUUGGACAACUAUGUCUAGGCAACCAAUCAAAAGUCUCGUGAUUAGCCAAUGGUAGCUCUGUUUGAUUGUAUAUUUAAUAUGUAAACAUACAACAGUUUCUUUUUUAAAUAUACAAAUAUAUACAUGGAUUUAUUAUUAUUAAAGUAUUUAGCUAUGAAAUAAAAACGAAUAAAAAAAAAGAUAUUUUAGAAAACCUCUUCAAAAAAAAAAGAAGUAAAAUAGGCUAACUUGGUGAUAGAAAAUUGCUCAUUGGUUAAUAGAAAAUUAUAAUUAGUUGCAUCAUGCAAUCUCACACUAAUAUCAUCGGUCGCAGAGUAGUGGCAACAAUGUUUUCCGCCAUCUUUAACUUCUUACUUGGGUAGCUAGAAAAAUGUCGAAAUCUUGUUUUGUGUUGCAAAAAAGAUUAUUCUUCAAAGAAGAUUAUUAUUUUAUUUGGAACCAAUGAAGAAAUGAAGAGGAGUUCUAGUCUUGGAAGUAAUGAUGAGAGACAAAAGGAAUUACGCAAAGACGAUCAUAAUAAUCAAUUAUAUUCAAGAUUGAAGGAAAGAAGAUACAGAUGAAGGUAACAAUGGUUAAUUCAGCAAAAAAGAGAAAGAGAACAUGGAAGAUUAAGACAAAAAAUGAUAUUAGAGUAUGAAUUAAAUCGUGCCCGUGAAAAAGAUGCAAGUCACAGCAGAGGAAGAUUAGUGGAGGAAAAUAAUAGUAAAAGUAGAACUAGGGAUAGAUCUUUAGAAAAUGUAUGUAUAAAAAAUGCUAAAGCUACAAAUUCUAAAUCACCAGCUAUACCAGAGAAGUCAGAUAUUUGAUGUGGUACAACAUCUCUAUUCAAAGAUCUAGAAGACACUCCAAUAAGUGAAAAAGAACUUCAUUGUAUAAAAGUAGAUAUUCCUAGAAAUAUACCUGUGAAAGGACAAAUAAGUGAAUUGCAACAGGACAUUAUUAACCCUGAGGAUGUAAUCAUAAUAAGAAAAAGUGGUAAACUAUUACAUUACUUUAUGUUUAUUCAAAGAAAAAGAUUAAUACCUGAAAUCAGAUAUUUUUUUAUUUAACUUGAAGAUUAUUUACUUAAAAAAUAUAUCAUUUUUGUAUUAUUAUAAUUACAUUAGGAACAUAAUCUGCUUUGUAAAAUCAAAAAAUUAUUGAAAGUCUUGUACAGGGAACAGCGAUAUCUUUAUGGAAAUAUGCAUAUUACACUAUCUGUAUUUUAGAUAGUAAAAAUAACUCUAUAUGAAAGUGUAAUUCUAAUUAUAUUUGUUUGGAAUAGUAGAUUAAUUUAAUUAAACUUAUUUUAUCAUGAGACGAGGAGUAUCAUCAUAGAAGAUAAACAUCUUGGAAGAUUAGAAAAUAUUGAUAAGCAGAAGGUUUUUUAUUAAUGAAAUUCAUUGAUAUAUUGCUGAUGUGUUCAUAUCUGUGUUUUCGAUAGUGUUCAAGUGAUAUUUUUUAUACUUAAGACUUCAUAAUAAGAACCAUAGUGAGAACUAACAUAAAUAUUGACAAGUUUGAUUCAGUAAUUAGGAUUUUUCAGCAAAGUGGAUUUGUAGUGUCAGAUGAAAUUAAACAUAUUAAAUUAAAAUUGAUUGUUAUAUAUGUAAUACAAAAGAUUAAUAUAAGAAAUAUCAUAAAGUAAUAAAAGAAUACAAAAAAAUUUAA